CGCGGUCUCGACGUACGAGUGACUGCGAUCAAUUUUAAAACUGUUUUUUAGUAAUAAAAAGAAAAUAAAGAUUCGUAGGUAAUUGAUCUUUUCCGAUAAGGUACUAAAGUAUAAUAGGGUAAAAUUGAGACGGUGCAUACGAGAAGAAUAAUUUUAAGUUUCGUGAAACGAAGCCUCGAUUUUUGGAGAGAGAUAACUGAAAGAAAGGAAAAACGAAAUUAUCUUCUCGUACAUAUCUUCUGAAGAUUUACCGAAUUUUGUAAAUAAAUCAUUUGAAACGUGUCGGAUAUACUUAAAUGUUUAAAACCACAGCUACAAAAUUAGUGUGCCUGAUCGCAGACCCAGGUAUCGUUUAAGAAGAUCAAUAUUCGCUAAUUCGAAUUUUAUACCUUGAUAUGAAUUUACGUUGGAUAUAACGUUGUAAAACGAUUUUCGCUAAUAAUCAAAAUCACGCUACACACAUAAAUUACUGUACUUUUCUAAGAACGAAAUCGUACAUUGUAUAGUUAAUGAUUAUUGUUUCUAAAGGUAUUGAACUUUGUGUAUGGUCUGCGAUUGAAAUAAACGGAAAAAAAAAGAAAAUAACGCGCUGUUCAACAAAGAACGAAUCGUUCCCUUUAUCGAUGCAGGUUAAUGUUUGGAUUGGUCAGUGCAAUAUCAUCUUGAUUACGUUCUCAAUCAGCAUAAGGCAUCUUGGUUCAGGCGUCGGAUCAUUUCUUCCUAGAUCGGAUAUUGUUUUGUGACUGUAAAAGUUCCCAUUUAGUUAAUGUUAGAACGAAGAGAAGAUUUUAAAUUGCCGUUGAAGAACGAAGAAUCGAGAACAUCAAUCAAUCAUUUGAAGACAUGGAAAAGAAACGAGGAAACCUUCAAAUCGAUCGCAAACGAAUGUGAUCAAUGUGCAAACAUCGUACCGACCGAGAAAGUACCGGACAGUUCGAGAAGACAAUAUUCAUGUACGCAAGGAUCGACGUAAAACUUACUCAUAGUAGCCAGUAUGAAUGUAUCUAUAUUGUAGAGAGAGAAAAACGGUACCUUCGAGAUUUUCUUUCUACCCCUAUCCAUAUAUUGUAGAAAAAGAAUGAACAUAACAUAUAUAUCUUCAAAUAUGAAAAAAAAAAGAGAUGGAAAGUUACCGAUUUUUCGCAGAGAGUGUCAUAAAGAAUACAGUGUACCUCUGGCCGAAUAUAUUUUUCAUGGAAAGUGCAACGUUUCUACGUGUUUCCCAAUGUUAGCGACCACGUGCUUCGCGGCACGUGACUUUUACCACCUGAUUUUCUCAUUCGAAACGUUAAAAAACUUAUUACCUGGCGAUUACGCUGUUUUGAGAAUAGCACAGUACAAAUUGACGUGACUCCAACGAAGUCGUGUAAGAAAAAAAAAACAUUCGUCUCUCGAACAAUCAAAUUGCAUAUUUCUGUGUAAACAAUAGCGAAUAAAGAUACUUGAAUACUCGUGCUCUGUAUUCUGUUGUACAAAAAUGAGACAAGUGUGGUUAAUUACGUAACACGAGAACCACUUUGAUCCUAUUACAGACGCUUCCUGAGGACAAUUGAGAGUAUGACUGCCAGGUGUUAUCGCAGAUGGGGAUAAUUAAGUGACCUAACGACUCAGUUAACCGAAAUUCGUUCUAUCGACGCCUAUUCGGCAAAACAGCGUAGUCGUUCGAUCAUUCUAGAUGAUAAAAUUAGGUGUGUAGACGCGAGUAUGCGAAACACUCAACGUUCGACGUUUGCAGCGAUAGAUUAUUUUUCGAUGUCUAGCUCCGAUGUUUGGUAUCAGUAGCGAACAUAUGUGCAGCCGGAUUUAAGAAGUAAAAGCGGCUGUUUGGACACAUGUUCUGCAUUACAAUGAUGUCACGUGUCGACGAUCGUCUGGAGCACUUCAUUGUAAGGGAAGAGGAAUCGGCCGACGAAUCCUUUCGCUUGUCGAGUGACCGUUCCGAUCAUUGAUACGAAGCUACCCGUGCCAUCGGCGAUUCUUCUUCCCCGAUUUUACAUAACGUGAACGUAAACACACAAUAUGGCCGCUGGCGAAUUCUACCGCUUACAUCAGCGCUAUCCACACGAGGGCUAGCGUGCUCUUUGCGGUUCUCCCACUCCUGAAUCAUUAGAGAAACCACGCGACGUUAACGCUAGAACUAUCGAGCAGUCAAAUUGGUUUUCAAAUUUUUUUAUGGGAACUCUAAGACUACAGUUAUAGAGAUUUUAAUUGAAUGAUGUCUUUUAACUGCUAUCUUUUCGAUGAUUGUAAAAGAAUAAAUCAUGAAUCAUUUUUGCCCAUUCGGUAGCUCUAGUGUUAAGGAUCUACGAAGCGUAGCACCUUGGACAUCAAAGGUCACAGAUUUAAUUAUACUAUCUCUGAUCGAAAGUAUUAAUAUUUGAAAAUUACAAAAACUAUGUAAACAACCUGGCAAAUUAUUACUUUAAUACUUGAACUAAUGGCAACAGUAGCUAUUAAAAACUUUCUUUAACUAAUUCGUUAAAUUAGUUUUCUUCCACUUAUUUUAUUCUAUUUUCCUGUCAUUAAUUAAAACUACUACGUAAAUAAUUGUUACAAUAGAUAUUUUGUUUAUUUAAUAAAAUAUUCUCACCAGAGAUAGUAUCCCGUCUUUCGAAAGAAGAGACCUGCGGUGUAAAGGUCGAAUUAUUUAUCUGCCCCACUUGAAUGAAGCAAAUGUCAAACUUAGAAUGACUAGAGUGGGGUGGACUGUCGCACUGUUGUGGUCGUUAACAUAUUGCCUAGCAAAACAGAUAACAGGAAAAUUUCAGUGGAUGAUUUUGAAGAAUCAGUAAGAUAGAAAGAAAAACGGACGUGCAUGUUUGCGCGAGAUAACGAAAGAUAUAUAAGCAGUAAAAGAAGAGUAUCAGUUCUUCCUAAUUUCUUUGUAAAAUCAUUCACUUCAGUCUGUCUGAUUAUACUCCCGGUCUUUUCCUUCGAAAAACAAACACGAUAACGCGUACACCGACGAGGACACCGAUGCGCAAGGAUACAAUAAAUAAGGAAUGGGAAUUGACAGUAUGAGAGUCGGAGGAGGCCGAUGUCCUCCCCUCCUUGUCGGAGGACUUCUUGUCACUUGUUUAAUGUUAAUUUGCAGCUGGUGGACUUUAUCUUCUGAAAAUAUUGAACUAGUUAGGCAAAUUGAUGAAUUGAAUGAACAACUUAAGAUCAGUGCUGAAGAAAGAGAUCAGUGUGUCACGUUACGUGGAAAUUUGGAAAAAAGGUAUAAGCACACAGAAAAAGAGGUGGAGUCACUUCAUGUACUUUUGGAACAACAAACAUAUUUGAAGAAGAAAAAUGACGAAUUGGAGGAGACUUCUAAUACAUGCAAAACUAAAUUAGAUUCUUUACAUUCAACAUUAGAAACAUUGAAAUCAGAGAAAGAUAAUUUUAAUACACAGUUAGAUGAAAAACGGGAUGAAAAUAAGAAGUUACAAGAAGAAAUAGAUCAGUUGAAGGAUGAACUUGAUAAAGUUAAACUUACAUGUAGCAAACCGUCUGAGAAGAAUUCCGAAUUCACUCAACAGUCUACAAGAACAGCCAAUAACAAGACUCAAUUGGGUUCUGUUCCGGAGUCGGCUGUAAGAGUAUCUGUAGCUGGUCAGCGUGGUUUGAAGUACCAUGGAAUUCCAAUUCUUCCAAGAGAUCCACCUGGCGCUGUGCGCCUAAGUCCUCGCCUCUCAGUUACAAUGCUGAAAGCUGAAGCAAGUCCGAAACAAGAAAACAAAGAUGAUACGGCACAGAACAAUGUGGAUGCAGCAGAAGUAGAAGAGCAAGACAAUAGUAGACAAGAAAAUGUGGGAACUACAGAUGACAAUAUAGUAGAAAGUCAGAGGGAUCAACAAAUGAUAGCGUCAGCCAGUGGAACUAAUAAAUAAUACAAAGGACUUCGUACAAUAGUUAAAAGAUAUCUUUUAAACAUGAUAGAUUUAUAAUUUUUUAUAAUUAUUCGUAAAAAUUUAUAAAUAAUAAUACAAAAAGUUCAUUAAAAUAUUGUCUAUGUUUUAAUGCAUUUAUAUGAAAAUAUUUUUGUCACUUCAGCUGAAAUAUUUGUGCAAUUACAUAAUAUAACACAAUUUACUAUAUUAAGUGCCAAUAUAUUCUUUUUACAAUAUACAAAAAUUAUAUGUAUAUACCAAGUUUAUUUAAGGAACGAUUCUCUAUUUUAUGAUAUAAUGCAAAUUUUGAUCAGAAUUAAUGUAAUUAUUAUUGUAACUGGUUUAAAAAUUUUUUAAAUUACAUAAGUUAAGGUCAAAAAGCAUAUUCUUAAUAAAAUUAUAAUUAUAAUCGUGAAUUCAGUUCUGAUUCAGAUACAUAGUGGAAGAAAUAUGUAAAAAUGAAUGAUCCAAAAUAAAUUUUAAAAUUUAUGCUCAUGUGUAAUUGUAAAAUAUUAACAACUAUGAUCCUAGAUUAGGAUAAUGUAUUUUGAAUACUUUUGCAAUUUACAUUUUGAUAUUUUCAAUUGGCAUGUCACAUUUACAAUUUAUGUACGACAUUAAUUUUAGAUAAAUUUAUUCCGAUCGUAUUAAAUUUAUUGCUCAAUGUGAAAAUGAGCUAACGUGUUCUGUGCGUUUUUAAAAAUCUUUUGUUCGAUUAGAAAAUUCUUUCUAACAGUACAUUACGAACUUAUAGUCUGUGUAAUAUAUUAUCGUAUUGUCAUCGUAACAUGUGUUUUUCCUGUAUUUAUUUUAUACACAAUCAAUUUUAACUUGCUGUAUUGUUUGUAUAUUUCUAACAAUAACAUGCAUAUAUCUAAUUCAAUUGUUAAGCAAUACAUUUUACAUAGUAUCCUAACAAAACAGUUAUACAAAUUGCUCUUUCACAUUUACAU